GGCGCACCAUGGUGGUGUUGCCAACGAAGCAUCGAGUGUCCUCUCGGCGUACCAUGGUGUUUGCCAACAGCAUCGAGUGCAUCAAGAGACUCAGUAGCCUGCCUGUUUGGAUUCCUGUGACCAGACGCCACCUGCCCCCUACACGCCAACAUGCCCACCAGAAGCACGAGGCUGAAGAACCUGGAAACCGCUUUGCAGAGAGGGAACAUUGUGUGCUGUUGACUACUGAUGUGGCAGCCAGAGGGCUGGACAUCCCUAACGUACAACACGUCAUCCACUAUCAGGUCCCGCGCACCUCUGAGACGUACGUGCACCGCAGCGGUCGAACGGCGCGGGCCACCAAGCAAGGCCUCAGCUUGCUGCUGAUUGGUCCAGACGACCUGAUGAACUACAAGAAGAUCUACCGCACGCUGGGCAAGGACGAAGACCUGCCCACAUUCCCCGUACAGACGAGAUGCAUGGCAGCCAUCAAG